GUUCAUUGAUUUUUCUGAAAAAAGUUUAGAGCAUUAGACUAGGUGUUUAAGUUCACAUUUUGACAUUAGGGUGGAGAAAAUAUCUGGUUAUAUUUAACCAAAAAGAAAAUUAGAAUUACGAGUGCUGUGCAGGGCUGGAUCAACGCUGACUGCACCAAACAGAAAGUACUGCUCCACGCAAUUCACAAUCUGCAAUCCUGACACACAAUCAAGAACCAGUAAGCGAGCAGCCAUGCCGAAGAGAAAGAAAAGAACAACGGUCGCAUCGUCAAAAAAGAAAAAAGAUCAUGAGGACACGGUGUCUGACGACGGAGAGGACUCGCUGGAACGCGCGCCCGUGUCGAAGAAGGUGGCAGCAGCCUCAUCCACCUCCCACCUGGAAGAUGAGACUGACCAGAUAUCUCCGUUCUCCAGCAUUAACCUGGUCAAGAUCCGCAAAGGUUCCGGGGAAAAGGCUUCAGAGGAGUCCUCUUUCUCCUCUCACUUUUGGUGCAACUACUGCGAGUUCUCUGCUGAUUCUAAACGAGAGCUGGUGACUCACAUGCGGCAGCACAUGAUCAAGUGCUCCUUUUGUCCUUUCAACAGUCUUUCUCGCAGCGAGGUUUCUCGUCAUUGUAAGACAGAACACGACAAGGAGCUUGACGCUGUCCCUCAGGAUAAUGAGGUGCACCAGCCAGAGUGUGAAAUGGACAAAGACCCGUGUUCGGCGUGCAUAUUCUGUGAUUUCAUGACUUACAGCACAGAGCAUUUGGAGAAACACACGCAGCUUCGUCACCGAGGAAUGCUGCCAAAGUCCAUCGCUAAAAUGAUUUCAAAGCAAACAAGUGCUGAAGUGAGGAAAACCGACGCGUUGUUCUACCUGUCAGGUCCCGAGGAAAAUGCAGAGAGCACCCCCUUUCCCUCUAGCAUCACGAUUCACGAUGACACGCUGUCUACCUCCAAACUGAGUGAGAAGGAAGUAGAUUGUAAACCUCCAGCUUCCAUAUCAUCAUGGACUGAGGAGCAGGCAGAGAAAGAGGUGGAUAAAAAACCCGUGACCGGGCCUCUGAAAGUGAACUGGAAUGUCAAAGUUGAAACGAUGUACUGUAUGACCUGCCCUUACAGCAGCGUUUCGGUGGAGAAGCUGAAAUGCCACACAAUAUCUCAGCAUCCAGUGGGGGCAACUGUGGCCACGUUUAGCUCGGGUAGUGGGUUCGGCAACGUGCAGCCGCAGGAUCUCUCUUUUUUCUGUGUCAAGGAGGAAUGUAGCCAUAGCAGUACCGACAUGAACUCUUUUUGUGAUCAUCUCGUCGAAUGUUGCACGGACAUACAACUCUUGUCUGUUGCCGAAAAGGAAAGGAUCAAGUCGACUGUGUCAUAUCUUUUAGACUGUCAGAAAAAGCACAAGACAAAACUGUCUCCUGCUUUUCUAAAGUAUGCAACCAUCAUCACACAGGUCCAGCAACAUUCUCCGAUCGUGGAAAGUCCUGGCCCACAGGUCAAAAUAGCCCCAGAUGCCUCAAUAUCGGUGGAGCAAAAGAAGUUUGACAGCUCACAGGUCCCCAGUAGCAGCAGCAGCAACACUCCUGCCUCACUCCCAGCCACACAGUGGUCAACCCCAUUCAACCAGGAAUCUGGGGUGCCACAUCCAACAACAAUUCCACAUGAGACCACGAGAAAUUCUGCAAUGCAGUCCCCAGCUCAUUUCAAUCCUCCCCCUGUAAACACAAAUCAACCGACUGCAGGAAACAGCCUUAACAAUGGGCAAAACACACCACAGUUGGUAAAUACUGCUUCGGCCAUGCUUCCAGAGGCUUCUCAACCUAGUUUGCAUCAGCUUCCAGUCCAACAACAGACAGGACCUCUUCACACUUAUUCUACUCCCCAACACCAGGCUGGAGCCUUCAGUUAUCCUUCCAAUAACAUGGCUGUUCAGCCCAAUGACUUUCAACAACAAGGAUUUGUUAGCGGUUGUGGCAAUGAUGCCCAAUUUCAACCUCCCAUGCCAGCUGUCGCUCCUCUUCCCAACAGCCAUACCUCUCAAGCUGCUUCAUCAUAUCCUAACCAUUCAAAUGACAGUGGCAGGUUUCCCCCCAAUAAUCAACCUAUACUGCAGACACUGUCUGAUGGAUCCUCCAGCCAAGUGACAUUUAAUCCUGCGGGCCAUUCAGUUCCUCAAGAUCUUCCACAACAGUUUGCCCCUCAUCAGCCUCUGCCAAAUAACCAGACAAUGGUGCAAGGGAAUAUGCAACAGUCAAUGGCAAAUAAUGGGACGAUGGUCAACGGAAACGAGCCACAACCGUUGCCAUUUCCCAGUCCUGGAGAGCCAGCAAAUAGUUCCGGUACAGUUUGCCAGCCGCCAUCCGUUGUACCAUUUAGUUUUCCUCAAAAUUCUGGCAGCCAGCCUGCCCCUAAUACAUGUAUGCCCAUGAUGGAAACUCCUUCUCAAGGGCCUCAGGUUCCCUUCAAUAACAGUAACCACAUGCAUCAAAGGACAGACAUUACUAAUCAAGAACCUCCGUCGAGUGGAUCAUUUAUGGCUCAGCCUCUUCACGGUAAUUAUAAUCCAGGACCGAGUCAAUUAUCAGUUGGGAACUCGAUUCAGAAUAACUACACUGUACCAAGUCAACCAUCAAUAGGAAGUAUGGAUCAAUCCUUCGCUGAUGUGUCACAGCCUAAGAUGCUGGACCUCCUCUCAGACACUUAUUCCAUUUUACUGUCAGACGAUUCCAUGCCCACAAGCAUGCAGUCUUCCACAGCCAGUGUAAUCAACCCCCAUGAGAUUCCAUCGUCAGCCCCUGGACUCACAGAUUUUCCUAGUCAACAACAGCCACAACAACAGCAGCAACUUCAGCAGCAGCAGCACCCUCAGCAACCACCGGUUUUCCCCCCAGAGUCAAAUGUUCCCACUUUAGGCGGUGGGCAGAAUUCAAUGCUAGCGUACCAGCCGGAGGCGCCCAUCGCCCCUCCGGUGUACAGUGAAGGUCAAGGCCAGGCAGCCAACAACAUGCAACAUCUACCUCCCUUCGACUUGCCCCAGCAGCAGUCUCCUGCCCAGAUGGCCCCAUCUCAAGAAAUGACCAGCAAUCAGUUAUUAUAUACCAGUGCACAAACUCAGCAGCAAAUGAAUACGACGUCUAGUUUCAACAGUGCACCAAUUGUCCUUGGGGUUGAUUCUCAGCCUCAAAGUCAAAUGCAGCAGGCAAGUCAAAACGUCAACCAAUUUCCUCCAUCCUUUCAGGGCAGUGCGCCUGUUGCACAAGAUGCUUCUCAUAUGCCCAAUUUUCUCGUUUCCUCCACUGGCAUUCCCCACACCUCUGCAGAAAUGCCCCCUAUGAUGCAGCAAGCGGUUACCACGCCGACGUUCCUCAAUGCUGGACCUCGGCCCACAGCUAUUGCGACAGGUCAGAGAUUUCCUUCUCCCUCAACACCACAGAAAAAUGCUGGGCCAGGAGGGGGAGAUAAGGGUCAGGGAGGGGUGCCUCUCAGCCCCAGUAUCUAUCUGAGUGGGAAAGCGCCGCGGCACCAAAGGUCCGACUGGGUGGAGAGCGACAUGAGACCCAGAGGAAGCAUGCCCAUCCUGACAGCAGCUGUAGCUCGGCAACCGAGCGGUCUUCCUCCCUUCAGACCUGGAGCGCCUGCAGUGACGCCACCUCAGCAUGGGCAGCGACUUCCGUCCUCUCACCCUCCCUACAGAACUUUUACCCCGGAGAUGCCUGGCAACAGAGGGGCGUAUCCCAUGCAACCCGGACGAGGCUACAUGCCUCGAGCAGGUCGUCGAAGGGGUCGGCCCUCGAUGUCCAUGGGCAGGGGUUCUCGAAAUCCAACUGUCAACGACGAUGACGAUGUUAUUGUCACCGCUGUCACUAAGAUAAGGCCCGCACCAGGCCCUCCGGCUGGUCAAAGAAUGCGCGGUGUGAACAACCCAAGAGGUAGACCGGGUGGCAGGGCAAGGUACCCGAGUCAGUCACCAAACCUGAGAGGAGCCCCCAACAGAAUGUCCAAUGUGAGGCAACCCGGACCUCCCCAGCAGUACAACCCCAGCAGGUCCCUGGACGUGAGUAAACACUUUGAAGACCUGGCUUGUCUGGCGUCCUCCAGGGGAGACGAUGCUGGAGACGGAGACGAUGAUCUUCAGAUCGUCUCUGUGACUCCAGGGAAAGGGAAAGAUCCGAACGCCCCUAAAUCAGUAAAUGCUGUCAACUUCUCUUUCUGUUGUGUGUAUUGCGGCAAGGAUCAGGGCUCCAAAGAGGUGAUGAAGCGUCACAUGAAAGCUAUGCACAGUGACUCUUUGCUCGGGGCUUUCAGAAAUUUGCAAUCUGGUCAACUGUUAUUUUUUUGCCCUCAGAUAGGCUGUGAUUUCAUGACUUACAAUGAUGGAAAUCUUGCAGAGCAUAUCAGGAAGUGUUACAACACCCCAGACAACUCAAAGCUUCCGUUUGAUCUGCCACUGGCUCUGAAAAACCUCCGAGCUUUGAAAAUCACUCAAGUUGAAAUAAGUUCCUCGGCUGGAGAAAGCCAGUUUCACCCAAUAGAUUUGGAUGGUCAAGGCCUUAGAGAUAAUUUCAAUGACAGCCUCACUGAUGCUUUUGAUGGUAUGGUUGAAAAUGUUUAUGGAAGGGUCGUACCACGAAGCAACGCACCACCGAGACCGACGAGACCACAAAGAGGAGAUCUGACCCAAAACACACCUCCUAACUCUGCGCCACAAGGCCCUAGAGGCCCCAUCAGGGGACCCAUGUACAGAAACCCCCGCGGUGGGGGCCCGGCUGGUGCGACCAGGCCGUAUCAUCAAGGCCCUCCUCGUCCAACGAGGCCCUACAGAGGAAGAGGGGCGGCCAUGAAUCCAUCGGCUGCGUAUCGCGGAGGGUCUCGAGGCUCCCCUGGCGGGGCCAGAAUGCCGGUGCCGAGACAGCCAGGGUAUCCCGUGAGACCUCCAGGACGAGGCAGGGGCGGACAGUUUCAGAACGUGCCUCCCGCCCAGGGGCCCCCGGCAGCUCGGGCUGGUGCUACCGCUCUUGGUAACAAUCAAAAUGCCCCCAUUGUGAUCGACCUUGAUGCAGACUCCCCUCCAGGGUCCAGCGACUCACAGAAUAUGCAGCCAACUCCUCAUUCUCAACAUGUGAUGCCUUCAGUUCCGACCAAUGUAAACCUUUCUUACCCUCCAGCUAGGCAGGAAAUGGUACCAGGAGUUCAUGGUUCAGCUGGGGCAGCUCACUUGCAGGCAGCUCAGUCGGGAACUGCUUCUGUCAAUGGUACUGUUAAUUCAUCGAGAAAUGACUCCUCCAUAUACUCCGAUGCAUCGAGCAUCCCUGUUCAUCCUACCAGCUCAGUCGCUACAGCGUCCUCUAGAGAAACUGGACAUUAUUUUACCCACACCGCACCUAACAGUGGCACUCUUGAAACUUCUAGUGUUGCUUCACAGGGGAAUAAUUCUACUGGAAAUGACAAUCCUGAUGGUCGGCCUAACGUAAAGGACAGUACUGUAGAUACACAAGGAAAAUCUUCCCAAGUAGGAAACCAACAAGGCAGUGGAGAAGGCAAGUCGGACGAUUACAUUAGUGAAGAAGCCAAAGUGAAUAGUAUUUUACUGGAGAAGGUCUUUGCAAAAGUCCCCAACAUGCCAAAAAAUUUGUCCCGCCGUCUUGUUUCAAAAUUCAAACAGUACGCGACGUACAAGGGAGUGACUAUAACCCCGGACUCUAAGGUGAUAGAUGAGUUUGUCAGCAAAAUAUACUACAAAGGCUCUAACAAUGCUCAAAAUACUGGUGAGAACCAAAAUAACUCUAGCUCUAGCGGUAAUGCUAAUCCUUCAGCCUCUCAGCCCAGUCAGAGACCCUCUCCCGCACUACCACCUCAACCGUUGGGCCCGCCAGGUUCCAAAAAUAUGAACCAUUCUGCCACAGCUCUAGUUGCAGAGGAAGUGGCUGCAACUUCACUUCCCCAUUCUCAUGCGCAAGCAGAAAGUGAAAACUCUGUACCCGACCAUCAAACUGAGUGUUUAAACAGAGCUGACAAUACUGGGGAGAUAGUUGGAGGGAGUGGUGAGGGUUGUGGGCCGAGAGCAGAGGGUGACGCUGUAGAGAGUGAGGGAAAGGAUCCUUCCAACAAAGAUGCGAAAGAGACUUCUGAUGAUGUCAUCACCACGCAAGUGGUUCUCGCUCAGAGAUCUAUGUCGUUCUCCGGCCCUUUUGCAAACCUUCUCAAAGUAAAGCAAGAGGAGGAGAAGAGGUCCCAAGACAGUGAGGGGAAGGAGGGAGGAGGUCUCACUCAGGGGUCGACGACUGCAGCAGAAAAGCCUGCCUUGUCUAAAGGAGACCAACAGAUGCCAGAAACGCAAGACACAGAUGACCUUCCGUCGCUUGAUCCAAAAGAAGGACAGGGGUCAUAUUCGAAAAAUGUGAGAAGAAGUCUCUGCCCGGAAUUUUCCUCCCAGGAUGUGUCUGCGGGGAAAGAAAAGCCGCCUAAUGCGGGUGAAAAAAGCAGAAUGUCAUCGGACACUUCUCAGCCUUCUGAAACCUCCUCAGUCCUACCAGAAAAUAAUGAGACGUUGGUACCUGUUGACGUGCCUGUCAAGCAUGAAGCUGUCGUUACAUGUAUGCCUGUCAUAGUUUCAGAGCCUAUUGUGGUCAGGUCAAGUGUGGAACAUUUAGUAUCGGGGCAUGUUGGUUUGGAGGUUGACAUCGCUGGAAAGCCAUUAAGACCACUUGAUUUGAUUCCGAGUGUUCAGGACAAAGAUUCAGAGGAGUUGGAAUUCAAAGAACUGGCGGAUGGCAAAGGACUGGCAAAGUCUAAGGUGAACACAUGUGUCAUCGACAAAAGUACUGGAAAACUGAAAUUGAAAAUUUUCAAAAGCAAAACUUCCAGGAAAAGAAGAUUGUCUGCCGGACCUCAAAAUGAAAAUAGUUGUAGUAGUGAAGAACUCAGUCCUAGUGCAGAAAAAGCUGACGAGGCUGCAGGUGACAAUCAGGUGCCGAGUGGAGAAGGUGAGGCGGAACCUGAACAGCCAUUUGUGAGACGGUCGGAGAGAAAAAGGAAAGAAGUCAGCAAAUAUCAGAAAGGAGAAGACGCUAAUAUGAUUGAUGAACUUAUGUCAGAUGAUGACGAUGAGUACAAUGUCGAUGAUGAUGAUGACGAUUACGACGACGACAGUGAGAGUGAACGCAAACGCGACCACUCGAACUCAAAAAGAGCUAAGAGGGCGCGAAAGGCAAGUGAUCCGUCAGCGUUUGACGCGAGCACAAGGGGCGUUUUCAAGUGCUGGGUGUGCCGCAAACAGUUUGUGCGCUGCAAUUUUGUGAAAAAACACAUUAUCCAAAAGCACAAGGAAGGUUUGUGCGCUGUGUUUCUGAAGACUGUGGAGGAGGUGUGCACCCCGGAGCUGGUCCUGUUCUGUCCCCGACAGUGCAAGUACAGCACCACAGACACGGAGGCUCUGUCCAGGCACGAAGCUCUGUGUGAAAACCCCGUGCUGCAGGAUGAGGGGGACGCCUUCCUGCUGAUUAACCAGCAGUUUAUUGACGAGACCUCGGAACAGCUGAGCACGGUGUUGAGUGAGUAUUGCAAUUCCAUUCCUGAUGGUCCUCGUCCCCAUGGGGGUGAAAAGUUGGGCACCACGGACUCUAUCCCAGCCACAGAGAAACCCAGGGCCUCGGAAAGCAGCAACGAGUGGUCGGCCCUUGGUGUAGACAGCGGAGUCUCUUCAGGGACAAACGAGGAGCUGGCGGAUAGUUUCUCCACACCGACUGACUCUGCAGCAGGGCGGACCCCCGACAUCUUGUCCUCAGAAGUUGCUUUAGAAGUCCCAGUGGAGCUUCCGAUCUCACCUGACAAGUUGGAGGAUAUCUCGGCAGACUUUGCCAUGGAAGAAUUCGACACUGAUUCCAUAUCAUUGUUUGAUUAAUGCUGUGUCAUAAAAUGCAUAAAACAGAGUGGAAAUUGUCCAAAGGUGGCCACCCGUUGUCAAGGAGAAAAGUGGUUCUCUUAGGCAGCUGGAUGUCAUACACAGAAUCAUUGUAAUAUAAAAGAAACUCAAGGGGAAGGGGACUGACAGUUUUGCAGGUGAUUGUUUUCGAAAAGACAGGGUGUCAACACUUUAUCUUUCCGUCAAAUAUAAAAAGAGUCGUUAUUGUGUCGUCACAUCUUGCAUUUAUAGAAUAUAAUACUUCUUUCAACACUUGUAAUUCCUGUACAUCACAGGGGUAACUGUAUAUGCUCUCGAAGAUGUCGGGGUAACUGAUGGGUCAUGAUUAGGAGAAAGGUGCAACCCUUGUUUUGCUGAUGUCUGCUUUUUGGAAUCGUGUCCAAGGGUAAAUGCUUCUCUUCGUAUAUGCAACUCAUCAUUCAACAAGGAGAUGCCACAUAUAUGUAAAUAUAUGUAUAGUAAUGUACCUGUUGUAGGGAAAUUUCAAUGGAAUACAAGUGGACAGGUGGUGUUUUGACAUUUGAUCAUCACUUCCCUGUAAAUGUCUGAAUGUGUGCUUUCCUGUAAGUGCCUGAAUGUGCGCUUUCUUGUUAGUGCUAGUCUUUGUAUGCCUGCUUCCCUGAAAGUGCUUGAAUGUGUGCAGUUUGCUUGUGUUGGUGUAUACAAAAGAAAGAUUUUUAUUUCUGCGGGCUAGUCUGUUGAAUCAGGGGUCUGGCUGACAUGAUUACUUGCUGAAACAGUAUUAUACAAAGAAACAACGGAGAAAAACAUUGUUGCGAAAGUAUCUGGUCCUGGUUUACUUAUUGUCGACUUCAAAAUGUUUUCUAUGUAAGAAGUUUCUCUUCCAAAGGGAGUCUGCACAUGCUGGCAGAAUUUCCAAUCUCACAAUCACUUUUUGUCUCCAGCCUCCUUCUAGUUUUACAAAUUAUGUCAAAGAAAAUUUCUUUCAUUCGUGAGGAGUUCGAGAGGGUGCUUUGUUGGUUUUCUUUCUUUUUUUCCCCGUCUGUUGUCUCUGUCGUUAUUUCUUUUCCCUUGCUCUGAAUGAUGGUCUUUGUGUCCGUUAAGUGACUUGGCCGCAGUGAAGCUCUCAAGAAAACGGAGAUUCAGUAGAUUCUUUUGAAUUAGAUAUUCUCAUCAUCAAUUUUCCUUCUCUACAGAUAGAUCUGAUCUUUCAUGCAAGGCUUGUGAAUACUGCUGCCUCAACAUAACGGCUUUCACAUAGAAUUUAGUAUGCUUUGCCGUCUCUUUUUACUUUUGCAUGCGUGGCAGGCCCUGUCAGGCCGGGUCAUGUGUACAUAGAUGUGUAUGAUGAUAGGAAGUUGUAUUUCUUCAGUAGCCUUGUCUCUCUUUCCUGAAACACAGAUUUUUUAGGGAAUAGUGAGGUGUGAUCUACGUGACUGAUGGUUGGAUUUCUUUGUCUUUGCAUAUUUAAUUGAUUAAAGAAUUCCCCCACAUUAGGCUAUUUUUGUCAUUUAGUACUGUUGUACUGUUGGCACUGUUGUAUUUGUUACUUAAUAGUAUAGUCUGAUCAGAUUUUUAGUUUACAAUAAGUGAAAGUAUCAUAGGUUGGUACUUUUGUAUUGUGAAAAAGAACAUUAUUUUGUAAUGGCUGUGACUGAUUUUGGUUUUAGUUUUAACAUUUAAUUUUUUUUCUUUCUUCCCCCCCCCCCCAUUAAAAGUGAGUUUGAUUGGGUGGUUUUAUGUUCCUUUCUUUUUUACAGUAUUUUCUGUGAAGAUUUCAGGGACAGGGACAAGUAAUACAGUGUAACACGGAUAGCUCGAAUUCGUGGGGACCAGCCUCGGUAGUUUGAGAGAUCCGUAGUUCUAGGGAUAUCUUACUAAGAUAAAGAAGAAAGAAAAAAAAUUGGACCUCAGGCACAGUUCGACGGAUAUAUCAUUUCGAGUCUUCUGUGUUCGACCUGUCCAUGUUAUAGUGUAUGUUGUUAUGUGUACGCUUCUUGAAAACGACUCGCGGAUGCUCAAUCUGGGGAUGAAGCUCCCUGUUUUUCACCCGAAUUUCUAUUGUCAUAGAGUAUAGAGUGAUUGUUGUCUUGGGAGUUCUAGGAAAAAUGGGAAUUGUCUAGAAAUGUUUUUCAGGCCACUUUCCUGCUUUGUUAUUUUGCUUCAACUCUUUAUCUCGUGAGCAGGUUGUCCCACUAUGCCGGACGCCUCUCUUGAUACGAAACCUGAGAAUGACAUGCACAUGACUAAAUUGGCCAUUAGAGUAAAUCUAAACAAGGGGGGAAAUGUCUGGAUCACGGGCAGGGAGAGGCUUGCUGGAGAUAAAGAGUUCAAGUCUCAUUCAACUUUGUUCUGAUUUUCAUUAGUUUUUCCCUUACAAUUGUCUUAUAAUUUCUAAUAA